GUGGUUGCUUGCGGCUUCAGCGGCUUCAGCGGCUUGGCACUUGCGGCUUCAGCGGCUGCAGCCGAGGCUCGCACCACCGGUGUGGUUGAUGACACCCUGGGACGGCAGCGUGCCCAGUCUAGCAACGAUGAGAAUGCUGAGGGGCCAGAGCCAGGUGGCACACCUGUUGUGACAGGCACGCCUGUUGAUCUCGAUGGUGAAGCCUUGCCGUCGCAGCUUGCUGAAAACUUUGAAGCGGCUGAAGCGGCUGAAGCGGCAGUGAUGGCUCAAGGGGGUUCAGCGCUUGAAGCAGAGGCAGCGCUCCAGGUGACCGCAGUUGCACAGAGGGCCCAUGAUCAACGGGUCGACAUUGCUCAGACUCUGGGGCGCAACUUGAGGAAUUUCCAGCACAACAUUUGCCUCCUCAACGGUGACCAGAUCCAGCGGCUCACCUUGGACAUCAACACGGCCCCUUUGUGGAUGCAGGAGACGUACGACACGCAGGUGAAUUUUACCUGGGCUUUGGCUGGCUUCAAUGUCCUGCUGAGCUCGUAUUUCCCUGGUGGCAAAAAGACUGCGCAAGGCAUGGACCAGGUCUGUGCAAGUAUGAAAAUCCCCGAUGCAACGAUGGUGGACCAAGCGAAGGAUUUGCUUCAGCAGUUCCCGCAGCGCUCAAGCAUUCCUCCGCGCUGGCAAGUCAUUGCUGCUGCGGCCCGGGAGAUGUUGGACCAAUUCACGGAAGCUGCGACCUCUGACCAGGGCUGCACGUACGUCGGGAAAUUUAUGCUCUACCCCUUUGUCAUGAAUGGGCAAGCAAGGGGAUACGAUCUGCAAGAAGUAGAGGCAGAAGGCUGGGGUGGAUGGGCUCUCCCUUUCAACAGGGACGAUGGUCUUUUGCUGCACAUGAGCCUGUACGGCAAGGGAGAUGAUGAGCAGGCAAUGCCUUUGGAGGCUCGCAACAAGAUGCUGUUGAAGAGCAGCUUUUUCCAUAAGAGCUUCGAGCCUUCGCACGCAGCAAUGCAGAAGGCUGGACUGCUUUUUGCGGCCGAUUCCGACAACACCCUUCGCAAUGAGGAGCUGGUCCUCCUCUCGGUCCUGGAGCCUGGCUAUGGGCAGCUGGUGGACGGGGCGAGCAUGACCAACCAAUCCAUUUGGGUCACCUCCAGCGGCUUCUUCUAUGUUCUGCGGUUUCUCCCCAUCCAGACUGCCAACAGGAAAUUCACAACCCCUCUAUUCACGCUCAAGGCUGAGAUUGUCAAGGGGGACUUUGCCAACGAUGACUUCAUGGUCCGGCAGAAGAAGGAGGUGGACGUGAUGUGGACUGGGACUGGCGGAGAUGACUUCUCAUUGGUCUGGGAUGGCUACUACGUGGAGCGGAUUCUGGCUGUGAAGAAGGGCGGGAGCUACCACGUGAUGGCCAUGCAGCUCAUCCGCCGUUUGGAUGCAGUGGGUGCCCCCUACAGCAUCGCCGUUGGUCGCUGUGUCAGGGCACCAGCUGGCUUACAUCUCGGAUUGAUGGUAAGGGGAGCCCAGUCAUACUGUGUGCAGACCAUGCGCCAGACUGGUGACGCGGACCAGAGUCGUGCAGCACACAAGGGCGGGGGCAAGAAAGGCAGCUGGAGUGGCGGCUCUGGCGGCUCUGGCGGCUAUCGGCAAAACCGUGAUGGAUGGGAUCAUGCACGCAGCGGCUGGGGUGGCCCUGCACCUUUUCGCGGCUCAGUCCCUCCCCCCGGUGCUGCCAACAUGAUGCCUCCUACUGCUCAAGCGGCUCAAGCGGCUCAAGCGGCUCAAGCGGCUCCUGCUGCAGCAGCCCCACCCACAGCCACAGAAGCAGCCCCGCAAGCAGCCUUUGCUCAACAAGCUCCACCUCCUGCGGCACAGGCAGACUCUGCUCAACAAGCUCCACCUACUGCGGCUCCCAAGGCUUCAGCGGCACCAGCGGCUCAGCAGGAGUAUUGGGGCAACAAUUGGUGGGGGGAUGGCAGUCAGUGGUGGGACGAUCGUCACCAGUACCAGGAUGGUGGUGCGCCUCUUCCCAAGCUGCAGCUGCUCCAGCGCAAGCGUGCGCGGAUCGAAGGUUUGGCCCUUCCCAAGCUGCAGCUGCUCCAGCGCAAGCGUGUGCGGAUUGAAGGUGUGGCCCCCUCCAAGCUGCAGCUGCUCCAGCACGGGGGUGCGCGGGUUGAAGGGGAAACGGAAGCGUGGGGAAAGCGUUUCCGCUGGUCAGCCCAAGCAGAGGAAAAAGGCCAAAGCUUCUCUGGCUUCAGCGGCUUCAGCGGCUUCUGCGGCGCCAGCGUCUGUGGCCUCAUAUGCAGCAGGUUCAUUCGCUUCAGAAAGUCUUGGGAACAUCUGGGGAGCUUGCGGCACAGUUCUUGGGGCAAGCCUCGCCGCACGAUCUGGCUAGCUGAGCGCCCAGCCCGCCGUGGCGGCGAAUGGGGCAUUGGAUGCACAUUUUGUGCGCAUUUGGUGGAUGUGCUAGCCAGAGAUCCUAAGGGCGUGGUCUGCGUGCAAACGGUUAACAAGUUUCCGUUCCGCUUACACAGAAUGAUCUCUGUUAUGCAUUGGGUCACCCGAUCUUUGCGGGAGAAGCGUUUGAAGCAAGCCAAAUGCAUCAGCAUCUCAGUGGAUGACAGGGCAGACUUCCGCAUUGUGCGAUACAGAUGCGGAAUGCCUGCUGGCUCCUGCGGCUUUGAAGGCUUUGCGGCUACUUCUUUGAAGGAGUGGGCUGAGAUGGGUCAGUUGAUCCAUGAGGGAGUGCUUGGUGUUUUCAGAUCUGGUGGCAAUGCAGAGACCAACACCAUUGAAUCCCACGACAUAGACAAAUCUCAGUCCAUGGCAGAUUCGAUUUUGGCAGUGAGCCGUCGUGCCUUUGAAGAUCUGGAAGGAGAUGUAGACGAAGAUGGCUUGCAACAGUUUCUGCAGCAAGUGCGGCAUUUUGCGGCUGACCAAGGCACUGCGGCUCAGAAGUGCGGCCAGAUCUUGGCCAAUCACGAAGCCUUCACAAAUUUAGUCUGGGUUGGUCAGGAUCCUGCGCAUCAAGUGCGCAUUGCUUCAAAGGAUCCCUUACAUGCCAAUGAAAAUUUCGGGGAGCAGUGGCAAAGACUCUUCAAUGAGCGCCAUGCCUUGAUUCCAGACAUCCAAAACUCUGAAGUUUGGAAGAGCCGCUUACUUGCGGCUCAGAACUAUGUCCUUCAGACGGUUGGAGAGCAGGGGGCUGGCUUGCAGACGGUGAUGCGAACCCUUUCAUUUGCAAAGCAGCGGUUUGACUCCACUGCUACGCCAAUGAUGCGCUACUGCUGCAUGAUUCGUGCAAUUGCCAUCAUGUGCGCCAUGCAGGCAUGCGAUGUUCGCAACCAUCGAGAGCUUCGAGCACGAGCAGAGAGAGCAUUGCAAAAUAUGGUUCCAGACAAACUCAUCCGUUGUGGCCUGACAGCUGACUAUAGCCUGGAAUGCUUAAGGUUUCUGAGGCAACAUUUCGACAUCGACGAUCCUGACCCAGCAGGCAUUCCCUCUGCAUUGUCGGAUUUCAAGGACAGGAUGGAACAGCUCUUUGUCAAAGGGUGGAUCCUUGGGAGACCCGAUAGCAGUGGCUCCACUGGCUCAAGCGGCUCCACUGGCUUAAGCGGCUCCACUGGCUUAAGCGGCUCCACUGGCUCCAACGGUGGUGAUGCUUCGGGAGAUCAAAUAUGCCCUGACAAGACUGUCACGCAAUGCGUUUUCGAACAAAUUGAAGAGCCAGUGCCGAGCGGAGUUGCAGACAUCCGUGUGGCCAUGACGGAGAUGCAGCAGGUGGUGCGUUUGAUGUUGGACCGGCUGGAGGCGGAUCUGGCAACAGAUGAAGUGUCUCUCUCCAUGGCCGCCUUUCAAGUUCUGGCUUGGCUAUCCCGGUCCAAGGAGAACAUGCUACGAAAACACGUCGCUGUGCUUGGCAAGGCAUUGAAGCUUUCAAGGGAUGUUUCCCGGGAUUUUGCUUAUGUGGCCAAAACCUUGGCCAACCUUAUGCAAACCUGCAAGACGCAGCAGAUGAGUAUCAGCCAGAAGGUGGUUUGGAGCUGGGUUUUGGUGCCCCAAUGGCGUUCACAAUUUCUUCCGAAAUUGGUUGGGCUCCCGAAGGACCUGGAGACGCUUAUUUUUUUUUACUUGAGCGUCAAGAUCAACACAACCACACUGGAACGCAAUUUGGGCGAGCUGUGCCGGCAACUGGCUGCCCAUACUGGCCGUACUGCAGAAGACAGCAGCCAGCUGACUGCUUCUUUGUUGGAGGUGGCCUUGGAUGGCCCGCAGAGAGAAGAAGACGUGUUCGAACGAAUCGAUGAUGCUGACGGGAAGCCCAAGCUCUCGCCCACAGACUUUGGGCGUGCCUGCGCCCGGCUCUGGGUAGAGCAGUUUGGCAGGAGAUUCCGAUACAAGUAUCUUGGAAGAACCGCUCAGAAGAAGCUUGCUGCCCGCCCAGGAUCGUUCAAAGCUGUCUUGUUGCGAAGGGAAGCUGCAACAGACAAAUUAGCCAAAAUGGCAAGCUCAGGAGCCUCUGGAGAUUCCUUUGUGCCUGGCCUAGCCCUUCCGCUUCCAUCCGAAGCACGUGCUGUGAAUGCGCAAGUGUUGCAUGGAACACGGUGGGCUGGCUCUGCACCAGGACACGGGAACAUUGCUGCACGCCGGCGAGCAAGGGAAAAGCCAUACAUGCCCACUGCAGCAAGAUCUGGUGGCUUCCAGGUUGCCCAAGCAGACGUGGUAGUAGUUGAGAAGCUGUCCGACAUGGAUUUCGUCAAAAGCUCGAACCAUAUGGCUGCUAAAGACGUGGAUGCCAGACUCACCUGGCCAAGGUUUUUGAGCGGCUCCUCUGGCUCUAGCGGCUCUCCUGGCUCCAGUGGCCAACUAGCUCUCAGGCUCGGGACUGACUGCAGUGGUUUGGAUGCACCCGUGUAUGCCCUUCGAGCUUUGGCAAUUCCGCAUACACAUGUCUUCAGCUGCGAGACCAACAAAGCAGCCAGGGCUAUGAUUGAUAUGAAUUGCAAGCCUGAGGUUUUCUUUACGGAUGUUCUCACAUCCUGUCAAGCUGAAGCCCCUUUUUGCCACUUAUACGUGGCUGGCUUUUCGUGCAAGCCAUUUUCCACCCUCCACAACAACUCGAAGCUUUUGGAGGAGAAGGAGGCUAUGAUUUUCAAAGCAGUCGUGAAACGCAUUGCCACGCUACGACCUCCUUGCUUUCUGCUGGAAAAUGUGGAAGGCAUACAGCGAGUCAUGGGCGAAGUUACAUCGCGGCUCAUGGCUUGCGGCUACGCGGUUGUGCACAAGCUCAUGGCAGAGCAAGUGGUCAAUCAGCUUUGGGAGGCUGCGCAAAAGAACAGCACUGGAACGCUCUUGUCGCAGACAAAAUGGAAAGAGAAGCAUGCAGCGCAUGCGCACGAGAACAGCCUUGGACAGAGCGAAGGGCACGAGAGCGUGUUGACGGCAAGCUGCCUACUGUCACGCCACGCUCCCAUCUCAUCGUUGCCCAGCUUCAAAGGGCCAUUGUGCCCCACGAGAUCGGACUUGGCAUCGAUGGGCGGCAAUACCAUGCACAUUCCGGUGGUAGCAUUGGCUACACUGAUGACGUUGCUCCUGGUAGAUUGGAACCUUCCAGCUGCACAUCGCAGCGGUGAUGCCUCCAUUUGCUCAGCCCCGGUAGAACUGGUCAAUGUCCAGAGGAAGCCGAAGGAGGGGCCCUUGGAAGCCAAGCUCAGAGCACGUUUUUCCUUGCCACGAAAUGCUGGAAGUGCUGCCAAAUUCAAGAAAGGCCUCAGGACACCGAAGCGGAAAGCUGCCAAGGUUGUGCUGAAACAGGGCCAAAAGGGCCAUUGCAAGAGGAUGUACUUGCAGGGCACCCGCAUGGCGCCGCUUCCUGUGGAUCCUGCUGCUGCUGUCAAGCUGUGGUUGAAGGCCGCAGACUCUGAGCAAACGAGCGAGAAAUGGAGCCGUGUCCAGCGAGCUGCCUGCAAAGCUGCCAAGCGAUGCAUUGAGGGAAAGGAUGGCAACUUGUUGCCGUUGGUGGAGUUUCUGUUCAGAGGUUUCGAUCAUGCUGAGCUGCCAGACCCUGGCAACUUGAUGCUCCAGAUUUUACACACUGAGAACCCUUUCCUCCGAACGCAAGCAGCUCCCUUCAGAGGUGACAAGGUGACAGGCUAUUUGAUGGAUAUCUUGAAGAUGCCAUACAUGCAACGCCUUGAGAGUCGUGAGCAAUUGGGUAUCGUGAUUCUGACUGCAUACCGUCGAUCCCCUGGCUUUGCUGAGUUUGUGCUUGAAGCCAGUUCGCAGCCGCGAUUUGCUUUGCUUGCAGUUGUCCACAAUUUCUUUCGAGACACACAAGGGGUCGGGCAGCGAAAGGCUUACAUGCCAACCCGGGUUAUCUCCAAGCAUGGCACUAAGCUGCGGCCAAAUCGUGAUUUGGGAAAGUUGCGCCUUGCAGGGGCAUUGAGCUUGUGUGGCCAAUUUCUGGAUGGCUCGCUAGAUGCCAUUUUCGUGAAUGACAGCAAGAAGUCAUGGCUUGUGGAUCCGGAUUUGCUCCCCGUCAUGUUGGACGCCAUUGAGUGCGCCUCAUCAAAGCUCAUGGGCACCCAUUUCCUGCAGACUUUGGAAGCUCUGGGACGUUUGGCGCGAGCCAGCCAGGAAUGCAAUUGGAAAGGGAAAGACAUCCCUGAGGCUGAACGUGUUGUGGAUUUCUCGAUUGCUGCCUCUUUCUGUGCCCAGGACCGUGGUGUGGAUUUCUCGAUUGCUGGCUCUUUCUGUGACAAGGAGCAUCGGCAGAUGGUUCGGAAUGCAAGGCCCAAACGGAAACCCACAUUCCGUAUGAAGGCGGUUGCUGAGGGCAUGGCCCCAAAAGCUUGCCGGCCAUUUGCCCUCUUCAUGAAGAACUGCUGUCGAGUUCGGAAGGGCGCUUCAAAAUCUGAACACAUCAGAGAGAUGAAGCGUUUGGGGAAGGCCUGGAAGCAGCUCUCAGAGGUUGAACGAGCAGAGUACCGCAGGCAAUCGCAAGAUCUCUUCCGAGAACAGCGCUCGUGUUCGCGCAGUCAUGGUAUUCCAUUCCGGUUCAGCACGGCAGGCGAGGAAACUACCUCCGCAGAUGCCGCAGUGGAAGAUGCGCAACCAGAGCAAGGAUCCCGCAUUGGGAAGUUUCAAUGCUGGCAGGAGGAAGGAUCUAAUUCCUGUGUGUAUGUGGGAGAAGGAUCUUAUGGCUGUGUGCUGCUUAGCACCAACGAUGUGGGGAGAAAGGCUGUGAUCAAGGUGUUCAAGCACUCCAGCAGGGAGGAUGAUUUGCAGUAUGAAGUUUCUGUCCUGCGGCGCUUGGAGAAAGAGUUGCCCCUGAGCUGCCAAUGCUGGUUUCCAGACAUUUUGGCUGUAGAAGAGGAGCGAGUCCCUUUUCCACACAUCGCAUUAGACUAUGCAGGCCCUAGUCUGCAGAAAGUGCUGGCGACUUCCGGCCCCUUGAGUCAUGGCAGCGCCUGCUCAUUCGCGCUGCAGCUGAAAGCCGCUUUGGAAGCCAUUCACGGCAUUGGUAUUGUUCACCUCGAUGUGAAGCCCGGAAAUGUAAUUUGGUGUGAAGAUCCCUGGAAGCUGAAGCUCAUCGACUUUGGCAUGGCUGAAGCAUUUUCCCGCCUCUCAGCGGCUUCAGCAGCUUCAGCGGCUUCAGCGGCUUCAGCGGCAUUGGCAUGGCCGAAUGGUUUGAGAUUCAACCAGUACGUGACUGGCCCAUACAGGCCACCAGAGCUUUGGGGCCUGAAGCCUGAUGAGUUCUUUCAUGCACUGUCCCCUUCAGUUGAUGUUUGGUCAUACAGCUGCACGCUGUAUGAGGCAGUGACCGGUCGCAUCCUGAUGAGCCCAUUGAAGAGCUGCCCUCCUGCUGGCACAACGAAACAGGUUGUGCAAGCUUGGUGCCACUCUUGGCAUUCGAUCCAGAGCAAGGGGAAUCGCAGACAGCCUCGUCCAGACCCGCUCCACCACUUCAAUCUUCGCCUGAUUCGCUCAGGCAUAUGGAAAGAGGCAAUCAUGAAAGCCUUAAAUCCAAAUCCGACGGUCUUUCUAGAACAUGUGACACCCUUCAGCGCCGUCAGCAUCCACAGCUCAAACCUACAUCUGUUCACAUCUUGCUGUGGCGAGCGGCUUCUUGGCUUCGCGGCUACCAUGGCGAAAGCAGAGCCCGUCACCGUGGGUUACAUGGCUUUGACCGAGGCUGAGUUCAACGAGGCCAGGUGGUGUGAUGAGUUCGAUGACCCACAUCCGAGGCAGUGGCUCUUGAGCCAUACCCCUAUCAAAGCCAUUGCUGCAACUCGUAAGCACCACGUUCGGCAGCUGGGCGUGACGUUGUCACAUGGCACCCCUCCAGGCCCAAAAGCACUCCUCAAGCGCCAUGAAAGCGGCUCCCAAGUAUUCACUGUGAUGUGCGAGCCGAACUACAUGCUGCUAUGGGUGCGAACCAGCACGAAUAUUGCAGCUUUAGUGGCAGAAGGCAAGUUGACGGUCACCAAGGAUGGUGGCUUUGUCUUGCAGCGCUCUUUCGACCCCUUCCACAUGGACUUCGAAGAGGGUUGGACUGCGGACUGGCUGCCUAUGACAUUUCUUCCAUACAAGCUGGCAGAUUCUUCCAAGUGCUUUCUCUUCGCCUCGGAUCAGCCCAAGGGAAGCCCGAGUGGCUUUGUGUACUACCUGAGCAUCCCUGACGUCAUCCAGACCAUGAUGGAUUGCGGCGUGAGCAUGGACAGGGAGAUGGUGCUUCGCAAUUUGCUGGACAGCGACGUGACUGCUGACUUGGCACUCCUUCUCAAGAAGAACCAUUGGUCAGCUGAUGUGACGGCGCCGUUGACCGCUGUGAUCGUGAAAGAUCGCGCGGCUGUUCCAAUGUUUGCUUCUUCGGUUGUCGCUCAGACCUUGGCCUUCUUCGCCUUCAGCCAGCAUGCCAUCCAACAGCAAGAAAAUAAAAGUGUCUCCUUGCUUUUGCUGACGCUCAGGACAGAUUCAUUGCUUGGUGGAGCAGCUCCUUUCACGAACCCUUUGGGCAGCUUCUGGCUAGCUGAUGUGUCAACCUUGCUUUCCCUCCUCAAGGAUGGCAAGGCAGCUUUGGAAGUAGAGCCGUUUCACAUGAGCGUCAACAAUACCCAAUCGAAGAGGCUCUCACAUUCAGAUGUUCGUGCUGAAACGAAAGCUUUUGGCAUGCAGAAGCGCAAAGCAAUGCUGGAGGAAUGUGUCUCCUUUUUGACACUGGACUUGGAGAGGAAGAAGACCCAGUUGAAGAAGAUCGAGCAGAAGAUGGAGGAGCAAGCAGCUGCAGAGGCUAACGUCAAGAAGGAACUUCCUUCUAAAUGCGCCGCUGCAAAAGCGAUGCAUAAAACACAUCCGCUGACCAUUUCAGCAGACGUGAAAGAGAAGGAUUUGAGUGGAUACAAGGCACCCUGGGAUGUAGAGACUUGCAAGACUUCGAUCAAAGUGAACGGCCUCUACGAGGCAGCUGGCCUGGCCUUGUGGCUGCGGACAGGUGUGUUUCGAAUUGCAAACACGCCCGAAUGGGAGACAGCCUCAGGCGAUGUGUCCGUGGAGACUUUGAAGAAGUUUGCCAUUUCUUUCUUCAGCAAGGAUUCCGCGAUGAAGGCCUCAGUGCAACGAGGACAGAAGAAGAGCAGAACAGGACGAGACCGCAUUGUCUGGCCCAUUGAGAUGAUCGUUGUCAGUGAAAGCGGCACAGACUUGGAGAAGGAUGGUGGCUUCGAUUCUUCUUUGAGUCUGGUGGGGUGCCAUUUCGUUCUGUGGGCCUGGUACUAUGCGAUGUUCCAAGCUUUGCAGACAGGGGACAAGGAAUGGGUCGAGCUUCUGUGGGAAUGCGGCUGCACAGUGACGAUACAAGCUCGGCUUUGUACCUCCGACAAAGAUGUGCCAGUUGCCAGGAUCCAGGCCUCCGAAAAGCUCAAGGCAAUCGGGGAUGCAUCCUUGUCAGACACCUUUCUGACCUUUGCUUUGCUGUGCCGAAAACUUGGCGUUGAGAGUGUUUCGCAAGGAUCGGCAUUGAAACUCAAGUUCAAUGGGUCCAGCUACAACCCCUCCAUGCACAAAGCCGCUGUGCAAGUCAUUGGUGUGAUGGGUCCGACUGGGGCAGGUAUCUUCUUUGAAGCAAUUCAACGCUUGGAGCUGGCUUGGGGCCGAGAAUUGCUCAGCAAUGCCUACAGCAAGUUGGUGAAAUUGAUUUCCGUUGCCAAGGGCGUUGCGCACGUCCAUCGCAAUACCCAGGAGAUAGCUGCCUGGCUUGUGGACAUGCUUCACCUUGCUCUUCUCUGCAAGAGCACCACAGUGGCCAAAGCUACGGACACGUUUCUGGACAAGGACAGGAAGCAUGGAAGUCACGGCUUUUGGCCGGCUUGCUUAGUGCUGUUGCAGGUCUUUGAUUUGGCGCACUCCUUGGUGAAGACUUUGCCGGAAACAGAAGCCCAGUCAUGCGCGGCCUUGAUUGAGGAUAGCAUCUUCAAUCCCAUGAAGUGCUGGGAGACCUUCCUCAAACCCAGCUCUGAAGUUGCUGCCAGGGAUGCUGAGGAUGAAGCCCAUGAAUCUGAUGAUGAUGCAGGGGGCGCUCUUACAAAUCAAUCUGCCCUUGUGACCGUGAAGGAGAAGUACAACCGUGCCACAGGAUGCCUGCUUGACCUCCUUAUGGAAUUGAUGAGUGGGCAGCAUGGAGAGGACCUGCGUGAAAUCAGCCAAUGCGGAGAGCCUCUUUCAAAGAUGCUGCAGCCUGGGGGCAAAGAAUCUGCAGAAGAAGCCUCGCAGGGCGCCUCCAUAUCCUUGGUGGUUAAGCUUUGUGAGGCUGUCAAAGCUUUUGAUACCAACACCAAAAGUGUUUCUGUGACAGCCACAGCGCCUGCCCCGUCCUUGAUCAGCACUUUGAACCAGGGUCAGUCAGUCGAAGAAUUGACAGCAGAACGUGAGCGGGUAUGGAAGCUUGUCCAGAACGAGCGCCGCAAGUACGCAACUUUCAGUGUGCCCAAGACAUGGAAACCAGAAGGCUUGCUGAGCAGCUUCCGAUCAUGUGGCAAAGUUUUUGGGCAUGCUGGGGCCCUCAACUCCAGCCAUCGUUUGAUUUGCGGCUCAGCGGAUCUGCUCUGCGAGUCAGGAGCCGAACCAUGGUUGGCACAGUCCAAACCUGAAGCGGCUCUGUGGAAAGGGAUUGCAGAAUUCUGCGUUAGCACCACGGGCCAAACUGACUUUGCAAUGGUCUUUGAUGGCAGAAUGAGAGAAGUUCGCCGUCUCAAUGAAGAGGCUGUGCUUGCUCAGCCGCAGUCGGAGGAAAUGCACUUGGUCUACUCUGGUGGAUGCAUUGCCCGCGCUGGUCGAAUGCAAAGAAUGCCACUGGCUGCUCGCAAAAUUGAAACAGUGGCAGUCCGCUUCCCGACACAGAGGGGCCGAGUCAAAACAUCCAAGCGUGAAAACUUCACGUCCUGUGGAGAAGCUACAACUUUUCAGGGCAGCUACAGUGGCGUCGAGUUUCGCUCCUCUUAUGAAAUUCCCCUCAUGGCGCUGGAUGAAAAAGCUCGGGUUCUCGGCUCUGCGGCUUCUUCGGCUCCGCCUGAAGAUUGGCAAGACCGCUUCGGCGACAAAGCGGUGCCACUCUUUUGGCAAGAGUCCAAACCCAUCAGCUUUUUCAAUGCAAUCCUUGAUGAGUACAAGGUGACCUCAAUCUUUGAUGUGACGGCAGGGUCAGGCGCAAUGAUGGAAGCCAGCUUGACCAGAGGCGCUGUCUAUCACGGCCUCUGCCUGAACAAGGACCACCAGCAGUGGCUGCAAGCAAUUGCAGACAGAGCCGCUUGCGGUUUGAUUACCUUGGAAGGGUCGACUCUUUUCAACGAGGCCUUGGCAGCAGAGAUCAAAAAGUUUUUCCCAGAUGUUUUGGAAAGCUUGGCCCCGAAGACCGAUCACGAAGAGGCUCCUCUGGAGCCAGACAGCCCAUUGUGCAUUGAACCUUUUGCAGCGCUUUUGGAUGUGAACGGAGCACUGUUGCGGCGUUGCUCUGGCCUAGCUAGCUCCUGCGGCUUUUGCGGCUCCGGCGGCCUGCGGCUUUUGCGGCUCCAGCGGCUUGCAGCUCGUGACGCAGAGACGCAUGUGAUAGGUGCCAAACUGGCGAAGCAGAGUUUGUUUAGUAU